GAUUGGCUCCGGGGCUCUGCCGGCCGUGGAUGAGCAUGGGCCGCUACGCCAGCGCGACGACGGAUCCGGACUGGACCGGGGCCGGCCAGGCAGUGCUGCUCCGCUCGCCCCGGGGCGCCACCGCGCGGGUGAGCCUGCACGGCGGCCAGGUCGUCUCCUGGACCAACGACCGCGGCGAGGAGCUACUCUUCACCAGCAGCAAGGCAAACCUGAAGCCACCCAAGGCGAUGCGCGGUGGAAUUCCGAUAUGCUUUCCACAGUUCGGAAACUGCGGGACCCUGGAGCGACAUGGAUUUGCGAGGAAUAGGAUGUGGGCCCUAGAUGAGGAGCAUCAGCCACUGAAUCGUAGUGACAGCGGCACCAGAGCUUUUGUUGACCUUAUCCUAAAGCCAUCUGAAGAAGACCUCAAGUGCUGGCCACAUUGUUUUGAGUUCCGCCUGAGAAUCUCUCUUUCAAAGGAUGGUGACCUCUCACUAGUGUCGCGCAUCAGAAAUGUUAAUGGAAAGCCAUUCAGUUUCUCAUUUGGCUAUCACACAUAUAUCUCUGUUUCCGAUAUCAGCGAGGUGAGGAUAGAAGGCUUAGAGACCCUUGAUUAUCUGGACAAUCUUAGCCAGCGAGAGCGUCAUACAGAACAAGGGGACGCCAUAACAUUUGAAUCCGAGGUUGACCGAGUGUACGUUAGCUCACCAAAUGUAAUAGCGGUUCUCGACCAUGAGAAGAAGCGCACCUUUGUCAUAAGAAAGGAAGGACUUCCGGACACUGUCGUGUGGAAUCCAUGGGAGAAGAAGUCGAAGACGAUGCCGGACUUUGGCGACGAGGAGUACAAACAGACGCUGUGUGUCGACGCUGCUGCGGUGGAGAGAUCGAUCACUCUGAAACCAGGGGAGGAGUGGACAGGGAAGCUGGAGCUUUCGGCCGUCCCGUCAACAAACUGCAGUGAUCAUCUUGAUCAGCCUGGUAUCAUGUAAUCUUAGGAUGUAGUGUUGUGAUAGGGUAAUAGUGCUAUAUAUAGCCACCUGUCAGGAGAACAAAAAAAGGGGCGCCUCUUUCAUUUUGACAUUUUGUACAUUAGAUAAGUAGGUCCCUGUGAUCAACAAACAGCAGUGAAUUUGAACCAUCCUCUGUGAUGUGAUCAACCAGCAGCGAUGAAUUUGAUUAA